AUGGAUCCGCUCCGAGCCAGCGAUUCGGCUGCAAACCGUGGCCCAAGGGCCAAUAAUCGUAAGAGAGACAGAGAGGAUGAUGAUAUGGGAUCAUCUCCAGCACCAUUGCCUCCUUCCAGUCCCACCGCUUUGGGCUCGUCCCCUCCACCAAUUCCUUUCGACAUGGGGGAUGAUGACGAGGAGGAGGACAGAGGAAUGGUGCAAGAUAUUGACGACAUUGAUGAAUUGGCCGAAGAUGAAGAUGGUAUUGAUCUGUUCGGCGACAACUUUGAGCGCGAUUAUCGUGAUGCAGCACAAGAUCGCUACGAAAAUGAAGGAUACAUCGACGACGAUGGAGACCACGAAGAAAUCGACGCUGGUACCCGUCGUCAGCUGGAUGCUCGAUUGAACCAGAGAGAUCGUGAACUGGCACGUCGGCGCCGUAUGCCCGCCGCAUUUUUACAAGAUGACGAUGAUGUCGACAUGGACCUGUCCCGCCAACCUCGACGACGCAGACACCAUUAUGAUGAGGAUCCUCAAGAUAUUGACAUGGCCGAUGAGGGCAUGGAAGAGUUGUCGCUGGAAGAGCUUGCAGAUGUCAAGGCAGCCAACAUUACCGACUGGGUCACCCAGCCCCAGGUUCUUCGCUCUAUCUACCGUGAAUUCAAGGCCUUCCUUACAGAGUUCAUCGACCCGAGUGGCCAGUCUGUUUACGGUAAUCGAAUCAAGUUGCUGGGAGAAGUUAACUCGGCUUCGCUCGAGGUGUCCUACGCCCAUCUAAGUGAGACCAAGGCUGCUCUUUCAUACUUCCUUGCCAACGAACCCACCGAAGUGUUGAAGGUCUUUGAUCAGGUAGCGCUUGAUGUCACACUCUUCCACUACCCUCAGUACCACGAUAUUCACAAUGAGAUCCACGUCCGCAUCACCGACGUGCCAAUCAUCUACACCUUGCGCCAACUGCGCCAGUCCCAUCUCAACUGCCUGAUCCGUGUCGGUGGUGUCGUUACUCGUCGCACUGGUGUCUUCCCCCAAUUGAAGUACGUCAUGUUCCUCUGCCAGAAGUGUGGUAUCACCCUGGGUCCAUUCCAGCAAGAAGCCAGCGCAGAAGUGAAAAUAUCGUUCUGCCAGAACUGCCAGUCUCGUGGUCCCUUCACUGUCAACGCCGAAAAGACCGUCUACCGAAACUAUCAGAAAUUGACUCUGCAGGAGUCUCCCGGUUCAGUUCCCGCAGGUCGUUUGCCACGCCAGCGUGAGGUUGUUCUGCUUGCCGAUCUAAUUGACACCGCCAAACCUGGUGAUGAAAUUGAGAUCACCGGUAUCUACCGCAACAGCUACGAUGCUCAACUGAACAACAAGAACGGCUUUCCUGUGUUCGCUACUGUCAUUGAGGCCAAUCAUGUUGUCAAGUCGCAUGAUCAGCUGGCUGGCUUCAACUUGACUGAGGAGGAUGAGCGCGAGAUUCGGGCGCUUUCCCGCGAUCCCGACAUUGUUGACAAGAUUGUUCGCUCUAUGGCCCCCAGCAUUUACGGCCACUAUGACGUCAAGACGGCCGUUGCCCUUUCGCUCUUCGGUGGUGUUAGCAAGCAGGCCCAGGGAAAGAUGAACAUCCGUGGUGAUAUCAACGUUCUGCUCCUGGGUGAUCCUGGUACUGCCAAGUCGCAGGUGCUCAAAUUUGUGGAGAAGACGGCGCACCGAGCUGUCUUUGCUACUGGUCAAGGUGCUAGCGCUGUCGGUCUGACAGCCAGUGUUCGUCGUGAUCCCCUCACCAGUGAAUGGACGCUGGAAGGUGGUGCCCUUGUGCUGGCUGAUCGAGGCACUUGUCUUAUUGAUGAGUUUGACAAGAUGAACGACCAGGACCGAACAUCCAUUCACGAAGCUAUGGAGCAGCAGACUAUCUCUAUCUCCAAGGCCGGUAUUGUCACAACACUCCAGGCACGCUGUGCUGUUGUAUCCGCCGCCAACCCCAAGGGUGGUCGCUACAACAGCUCCAUCCCCUUCUCGGAGAACGUCGACCUCACCGACCCUAUCUUGUCUCGUUUCGAUAUCCUCUGUGUAGUGCGUGACCUGGUUGAUCCCGUCGAGGAUGAGCGCCUAGCCAAUUUCGUUAUCGAGUCCCACCAUCGUGCCAACCCUGCCCGCCCCCUCCGAAAUGAACAUAACGACCUAGUCGAUGCCGAUGGUCACCUCAUCGACAACGAGGGAUUCCGUAUCACCCGCGACGGCCAGCGACUGCCUCUUACCCAGGAAGAGGUGGCCAGACGCGAAGCAGAGAAACAAAAGGCAGACGAGGAGAACGAGGGUGAAAUCCCACAGGAACUCCUGCGGAAGUACAUCAUGUACGCCCGCGAGCGUUGCCACCCUAAGCUCUACCAGAUCGACCAGGACAAGGUCGCUCGUCUCUUCGCAGACAUGCGUCGCGAGUCCCUCGCUACUGGCGCGUACCCCAUCACAGUCCGUCACCUCGAAGCCAUUAUGCGUAUUGCCGAAUCCUUCUGCAAGAUGCGAUUGUCGGAGUACUGUUCUGCGCAGGAUAUUGACCGUGCCAUUGCCGUUACUGUUGACUCCUUCAUUGGUAGUCAAAAGGUCAGCUGCAAGAAGGCGCUCUCGCGUGCAUUCGCCAAGUACACGCUCUCCAGACCCAAGCCUCAGUCUAAGCGUCGUGCGGGUAUUCCCGUCUCAAAUCCUCAUCUGCCGCGUGCUUCCUCUGCGGCGCACUGA